UCGAUUGACGGUUACCCCCGUGAAGUCGAAGCAAGAGAGGGAACACACCAAGGAGAAAGGGUCUCCGUUCAGGUCUGAGUGUGCCCGAGAGGAGAGCGAACUCUUAUUUAAUCACCCCCUCUUCCCAUUCCGCGAGGAAAACAUGCAGUGGGAAAAGACGUCAAACCUCCUUAUCUGCUGCUCCCUACUUUACACACUCUAUGCGAUUCGGGGUUCGGAGGCGAUCUCAGUAUCCACACACCACAGCCUGCACAAGCGAGUUGGCUCAGACGUCACUCUGUACUGCGGUUUCUGGUCCAGCGAGUACGUCUCAGACCUCACCACCCUCUCCUGGCGUUUCCGGCCGGACAACUCCCGGGAAAUCAUCUCGAUCUUUCAUUAUGGGAAUGGAGUCCCUUACAUUGAGAAAUGGGGUCAGUUCCGAAGUCGGGUGGAAUGGGUUGGAGAUAUCUCCAAGCAUGAUGGCUCCAUUGUGAUUCGGAACCUCGACUACAUCGACAACGGGACUUUCACCUGCGACGUUAAGAACCCUCCCGAUGUGGUCGGCACCUCGUCUGAUGUGCACCUCACUGUUUACGACAGGA